GGAGCCGGGAGGGCGCCGGGAGCCCGCGCCGUGGGGGUGUCUGAGCGGCGCGGGCGCACCCGAGCCUCCAGCCUGCCGGCGCAGCUGCCCGUCCGGGCGCCGGGAGCGGCGGCCAAGAUGUCCGUGCCGGUAAUCGUUGGCCUUUUCUCCUUUAAAGUGGCGGCUGUUACUUCACUCCCCGUGGGGCCGGUGCAGGCUGUCGUGGGCUGGGACUGCUGUCCCUGGAGUGCUGGUGGUGGCUGCGGUUGAACGAUCUGCAGGGGCCCUCCAUGACCAGUUGGGCCUCUCUGCCGAGUUGCAGGAGGGGACAGUGCGGGCAGAGAGGCCAUCAUCUCACCAGACCCUGUUUCUUUCCUUUCUGAACGUGCUGGCCAAAGCCCUCUACGACAACGUGGCCGAGUCACCGGAUGAGCUCUCCUUCCGCAAAGGCGACAUCAUGACGGUGCUGGAGCGGGACACACAGGGCCUGGACGGCUGGUGGCUCUGCUCACUGCAUGGGCGCCAAGGAAUUGUGCCCGGGAACCGCCUCAAAAUCCUGGUGGGCAUGUAUGACAAGAAGCCAGCAGGACCUGGCCCUGGCCCGCCUGCCCCCACGGCCCAGCCCCAGGCCGGCCUCCACGCCACGGGGCCCCCGGCCUCCCAGUACACACCCAUGCUCCCCUCCACUUACCAGCCCCAGCCCGACAGCGUCUACCUGGUGCCCACGCCUAGCAAGGCCCAGCAUGGCCUUUACCAAGCCCCUGGGCCCAGCCCACAGUUCCAGUCGCCCCCAGCCAAGCAGACGUCCACGUUCUCAAAGCAGACACCCCAUCACGCGUUUCCCAGCCCGGCCCCAGACCUCUACCAGGUGCCCCCAGGGCCCGGCAGCCCUGCCCAGGACGUUUAUCAGGUGCCACCCGCAGCCGGAAUAGGGCAUGAGAUCUACCAGGUGCCCCCGUCCAUGGACGCACGCAGCUGGGAGGGGAUGAAGCCACCAGCGAAGGUGGUGGUGCCCACCCGCUUGGGGCAGGGCUAUGUCUACGAGGCCUCUCAGCCAGAGCAGGACGAGUAUGACAUCCCACGACACCUGCUGGGCCCAGGACCCCAGGACAUCUACGACGUGCCCCCUGUCCGGGGACUGAUGCCCAGCCAGUGUGGCCAGGAGGUGUAUGACACACCCCCUAUGGCCGUCAAGGGCCCCAAUGGCCGGGACCCGUCGCUGGAUGUGUACGACGUGCCCCCCAGUGUGGAGAAGGGCCUGCCGUUGCCCAGCCACCACGCGGUGUACGACGUUCCUCCGUCAGUGGGCAAGGAUGUGCCUGAUGGCCCACUGCUGCGCGAGGAGACGUACGACGUGCCCCCCGCCUUUGCCAAGGCCAAGCCCUUCGACCCGGCCCGCCACCCGCUGGUCCUGGCUGCACCCCCUCCAGACUCUCCGCCGCCCGAGGAUGUGUAUGACGUCCCGCCCCCUGCUCCCGACCUCUAUGACGUGCCCCCCUGCUUGCGGCGGCCGGGCCUGGGCCCCCUGUAUGACGUGCCCCGUGAGCGGGGGCUGCUGCCCGAGGUGGCCAACUGCAACGGAGUUGACGAUGGGGUGUACGCGGUGCCCCCACCAGCCGAGCGGGAGGCGCUGGCCGAGGCCAAGCGCCUGUCGGCCUCCAGCACGGGCAGCACGCGCAGCAGCCAGUCGGCGUCCUCCCUGGAGGCGGCAGUGCCGGGCCGGGAGCCCCUGGAACUUGACGUCGCUGUGGAGGCUCUGGCCCGGCUGCAGCAGGGUGUGAGCGCCACUGUGGCCCACCUCCUGGACCUGGUGGGCAGCGCUGGUGGUGGCGGGGGCUGGCGCGGCACCCCUGAGCCUCAGGAGCCACAGGGGCAGGACCUGCGGGCCGCUGUGGCCGCUGUCCAGGGGGCUGUCCACGAGCUGCUGGAGUUUGCCCGCAGUGCUGUGGGCAACGCGGCCCACACUUCUGACCGCAGCCUGCAUGCCAAGCUUAGCCGGCAACUGCAGAAGAUGGAGGAUGUGUACCAGACGCUGGUGGUGCACGGCCAGGCUCUCGAUGGCAGCCGGGGAGGCCCCGGGGCCUCUCCUGAGGACCUGGACCGCCUGGUGGGCUGCUCGCGGGCUGUGCCCGAGGACGCCAAGCAGCUGGCCUCCUUCUUGCACGGCAAUGCCUCGCUGCUCUUCAGACGGACCAAGGCCCCUGCCCUGGGGCUUGAGGGGGGCGGCCCUCUGCACCCCAACCCCACUGACAAGGCCAGCAGCAUCCAGUCCCGGCCCCUGCCCUCACCCCCCAAGUUCACCUCCCGGGACUCGCCGGACGGGCAGUAUGAGAACAGCGAGGGGGGCUGGAUGGAGGAUUAUGACUACGUCCACCUGCAGGGGAAGGAAGAGUUUGAGAAGACCCAGAAGGAGCUGCUGGAAAAGGGCAACAUCGUGCGGCAGGGGAAGGGCCAGCUGGAGCUGCAGCAGCUGAAGCAGUUCGAGCGCCUGGAGGAGGAGGUGUCGCGGCCCAUCGACCACGACCUGGCUGGCUGGACGCCGGCCCAGCCCGUGGUGCCGGGCAGGACAGGCAGUCUCGGGCCCUCGGACCGGCAGCUGCUGCUCUUCUACCUGGAGCAGUGCGAGGCCAACCUGACCACGCUGACCAACGCCGUGGACGCCUUCUUCACCGCUGUGGCCACCAACCAGCCGCCCAAGAUCUUUGUGGCACACAGCAAGUUCGUCAUCCUCAGCGCCCACAAGCUGGUGUUCAUCGGGGACACACUCUCCCGGCAGGCCAAGGCGGCGGACGUGCGCAGUCAGGUGACACACUACAGCAACCUGCUGUGUGAGCUCCUGCGUAGCAUCGUGGCCACCACCAAGGCCGCCGCCCUGCAGUACCCAUCUCCGGCUGCCGCCCGGGACAUGGUAGACAGGGUCAAGGAGCUGGGCCACAGCACCCAGCAGUUCCGCCGGGUCCUGGGCCAGCUGGCAGCUGCCUGAGUGUGAUGAUCAAAGGGACGGAGGGCAGAGGGCGAGGGGCUGAGCUACCCCAGGUGCCAGUCCUGAGAGUCGGCUGCUGCAGGCACAUGGACAGGCAAGCCCAGCCCCACCCAGGCCUGGUGCCCAGGCUGCCCGGGGGUCUGUGCGUAUUUAUGAUGGGGUAGGGUGGGGGGCGGGGCCUCCCCCGGGUCCAAGCAGGGCUGGUGUCCCAGGAGCCAGAGCCACAGAGCAGGGCUGGUGGCCUUCCCUGACCGUGCUCGGGGCCGGGUGGUCCGUACCCUGGGGCCGCAGCAGGCCCCUCAGCCCAGGGGGCCUUGGGUGGCCUGGGACGGCUGCCUUCUCCCCCUCACUGGGGAAGUGCAGCUGCGGCGAGUUCCCUCUCUGCACAGGAAAAAGCCCUAAAGAACUAUUUUUCAUUAUUGAUUUUCCAAUCAUUCGACUAAUAGUCCCCAUUUAAAUAAAAUUUUAAAAAUGAAAAGCAGCUGCCUGAGGUGUGAGAGAUGAGGGCCCAUGGUGGGAGGAAGGCGUGUCCUCGGCCCCACUGAAGCCACAGGCCACUGUGGCGAAGGAACAGCGGGUCCCUUCAGGAGAGGCCCAGGGCCCUGGGAAACAGGCCCGCGCCCGAGCUCUUGGGCAGCGUCUGGGUGCCAGUGGGUGACGCUGGGUGUCUCCUGCAAGAUGGGGACAAGGCCUGCGAUGGUGAGGUGCCAGGGCAGUGAAGACACAGCUCUGAGGCCAGGAGGGCCCAGCCUAGGAGCAGCUAAUUGAGGGCGCUGGUGUGUGGGCCGAUGCAACACCAGUGGGCUCCACCGGAAUUGCCUCUUAUAGAGGCCGUGGCAGCAAGCAGAGCCCCUGUGGGUUGAGAUGAGCGAGGGCAGAUGGGAAAUGCCAAGCCCUGCUGGUCCCCACAAGCCCCAGGGCAGGGAAGCCUGGGCCAAGAGCACCGCUGGGAACACACGAUUGUACAAAGAAACUUGCUUUCACAGGCCUUAUCCAGGAUUUUUCCCUUAGGAAGAAGCUCAUGAUUUCAGCUUGCGGCAGUUUUAAAGUAUUCUAUUUUGAAUUACACUCAGGCUUGGCCGGUAAGUUGGGAGAGUGGUUACCUGAGGGGCCCUUGUCUGGGUCAGUGUGUGUCUUCGUGGCGCAUCUCAGGCAGCUGUGGCCCGGGCAGGCCAGCCUGGAAUUGGGGCAGGGAGCAGGCCCAGGGUGCACAGCUUCGGCGGGGCCCUGCAACCCCCCAGACUGGCCUGAUCUCUGCCCUCCUGGGUCUGGGCCCAGGAUUCUGACCAGAGGCCAGGCAGAGAGCCAAGAGUGAGGGGCUUGGGGGGUAUUGGGCACACUGGUGAGGUGAGAGCCCUGGGAAUUGAGCUGCUGCUUCAGUUCUGACCAUCCUGUGUGUGACCUUGGGCCUCAGUUUCCCUGGCCAUAUGAAGAAGGGUACUGUGCUGAGAGCUCUGUCAGAAGACCCCAGUGCAGGCAGCCACCCACCUGCUCCCAAAUCACGCCCAGCCCCUGCCCACCCUGGCGAGGAUGCAAAAGGGAUGGUCCAAGCAGUUGCUCUGGGGGGGUGUAUUUGGGUUUCACCCAGGUGUGGAGAGAGGGGCAGCUGGGCUCAGUUGGCCUCCAGAACCUCCCACACCCAGGGCAUAAACUUGGUGUCGCAGGUGUACACGCCUGGUGAGGAUGGGAGACACUGGCCGCUGCCCCGGGACACGAUGCCCACCAGGGUCCAGGCCCCUUCUGUCCGGCAGACCAAGGGGCCUCUGGAGUCGCCCUGUGGGAGAGGAAAGGGGUUCAGGACGGGCAGCCUCAGGCGGCGGCUGACCCAGGGAGGCACAGGGGACCAGCCAGACCUGUGUGCCUAAGUCCACCCAAGGCAGCCUCAGAGUUUGGGACCCGGGACCAGCCUCAUCAGCCCUUGGGCCUGUGCUGAGACCGGAAAGCAGCAGCUCGCCGCGCGGGUGUGGGGACCAAAUGCGGGGGUGGGGUGGGGGCGCCCUGGCCUGGCGCCGGCGCGGAGAGCGAGCCCGCACAAUGGAAACCUGGUAUUACUGGUCCCGGCUUCUGCUGGGGCGCCCGGCGAGGAGUGCGCGUCAGGAGAUCAAGGCAGAGGGGAGCGGGGAGCCCGGGCCUCCGGGGAGGGGCCCUGCAGCCCCCGCGGCCGGCCAGGAGCUGGGGUACAGGCGGGAGGGGGGCAGGCGAGGCCAGCACCUUGCAGGAGGAGACGCCGCUGGCUGCGGUGCACACCAUCGUGUCCGUGAUCUCGCUGCCCCAGAAGUUCUUGCAGUCGGCGUUGGACAGGAGGGGCAGGGCCGCCUGCUGCAGCCGCUCAGCACCUUUGUUGGCUGGAGGGUCAGUGGGGUGGGCAUCAGGGCCCCCCUGGGCGGGAGAGGCCCAGGGCCCCCUCCAAGCGCCUCUCCUCCCCUGCGCGCUCCCCUGGUUCACCGUCGUGACCGGAACGCCAUGGGCGCUCGCACCUGCCCUUGGGCUUCCUCCCGCCGCCCCCCCGCUGCCAGCCACGGGGGUGGGAUCCCUCUCCCUCCCUCUGGGGACAUGGGAGGGGCGCAGGGGGUGAGCUGAGGCGAGGGCUGAAGGACUUGGAAUGUGGGAGGAGAAAAGCAGGCGGAGGCUGCUGCAGGAGACGGGGACUCCAGAGCCCUGACCAAGGCUGGAAAUUUGACUCCCAGCCCGGACUUCAUGGCGACCUUGACACGCCCACCCUCCCCAAGUCUGGAGAGAAGUCCAGGCUAGAAAUAGGCCGCUGUGGAACUCAUUGCAGGUUAGGGCCAUACUUGUGCUCGGGUGUUUCUUCAAAAAUUUGCUCUUGGAGUAUGUCAUUUUUGAACUUUGUUUUUAAUCAUGUUUGGUGGGUUUUUAAUUAAGAGGAUUUGAAAUAAAGAAUUUGAAAAUUUUG